AUGAUGAAACUCACAUGCUCUUUACUACCCUCCAUUCUUCUGCAAUUUGCCAAAUUUCCCAGAACCAUCCGAGCCGCCAUUAUAAUCACAAGGCAUCUAACUGCUGUCCAAACAGCCCGUCCUCAUGCCCCAGAAUUUCGAGGCUUCGCCGUUGAACUGGACGGCGGAGAUUUGGCCUGCAGGUCAAGUGUAUUAUCGGAUGCACUUCAAGUGUUUGAUGAAAUGCCUCACUGCGAUGUUGUAUCCGCUACUUCUCUGAUUGGCCAGUUGGCUAAACAGAACUACCAUAAGGAAGCUGCGCUUCUCUUCUCGAGAAUGGUGGAGCGGAAUAUUAGACCCAAUGACUUCACUUUUGGCACGGUGAUUCACUCGUCUGUUGUUCUGAAAGACCUUGCUCUGGGCAAGCAAUUUCACGCGUCUGCAGUGAAAAUGGGGCUGUACUCGAACGUGUUUGUGGGUGGUGCGCUUGUUGAUCUUUAUGUAAAAUUAAGAAACAUUGAGGAGGCCCAGAAGAUGAUAGGAAUUCACGACAUGGAAUUGAUUACAUAG